UCACCAAGCAAACAAGCCUCCUUCAACUUCCAACUUGUAAUCUCUGCCUCACAACAGAUUAAGUGCAAGGGAUUAAUAGCCACAGAUUAAUCCCUAAUCUCCUUACAGCAGAUUCUCAAUGAAUUGAUAAAUCAUAAAUAAGAAACAAACCAAGGAAUCACAUGACUUGUUAAGCCAAGAGAAUCAAUAUUAGCUUUCUGCGGCAAAAAUUCAUUGAUAUUUUGAGAGUUUACAGAGGAAAAUGAUUUUUCUCGUCUCUUUUUACUGUUACUGAAUUACCAUUCUAUUUGGAAUCUUGCCCCUGGGAUGAAAAGCUGAUGGCCAAAAGUAACAAACUUCCUGGUUACUUAGGAUGGCCCAUAAUAGGAGACAAGACUCAUGAUUUCUUGAAGAAUCCAGUCAAGUUUUUUGAGAAGUAUUCUGAAGUUUAUAAAUCAGCCAUAUUCCUCACACGGCUUUUUAACAAACCAACCAUAAUUGUUGGAUCCUAUGAAGGAGUAAAACAGGUUCUUUGUGACCGUACAGAAGAGUUAAGUCAUGGCUAUAAAUUGUUCCUGAGUGAUUUAUAUGGAGAAAAUAUAUUCGUUGCAAGUGAUGACAAAGCUGAAGACAUUCACAAGUUCCUGGCUGACCAAUUCUCCAAAGACAAUCUUCAUUCUUAUGAGUUGAUAAUUGAAAGAAUUAUUAAUGAGGAAAUGAGAAGUCUUGACAAAACUUCUCCAGUUGACAUCUACUCAUUCUUUAAAGAACUCUCCUCACUGAUUUGCUUCACUCUGUUCCUUGGCAUCGAUGCCUCCCAGUCAAAGGAACUCAUUCAGGAACUGACGGAUUUAACAACAAUCCAAUGGCAUGGAAUCACAACCUUUCCAUUGAAUGUCCAUGUCAGAAGACACAGUUCUCUAAAAUUUCGAAGAGCAUCAGAUGCCAAGACAGAUUUAUUGGGCAUCAUUAAAAAGCAAAGACCUGUCGCUCAAUGUGGCUUUGUAAAACAAGUGAAUAAUGUACCAGAGACAAAUGAUGACUCCUACAUCAACAGCAACAUCCUUGUCUUUAUUUCUUCGCUGGUGUCAAAAGCAAUUGCAUCAUACCUGACAUCAUUCUUCAUCACAACAGGACAAAAUAAUCAUGUUGAACUUCAAGAGAAAAUGUAUUUUGAUAAAAACUUGGAAGAUCAAGUUUUAUUAGAAACCCAGCGACUUUUUCCACCUUUUGUAUGUGGAAGAAAGUUAGCCAAAACUGAAUGUACUAUUGAUGGCCACAAAGUCCCAGAAGGUUAUUCCAUCAUCUAUCUGACGUAUGCUGCUCACAGGGAUGAAAACAUCUUUGAAAAUCCAAAUGAUUUCAAUGCUGAUCGUUGGAAUGAAUUCUCUAAAAAGAAACUGUUUACAUUUGGUGAUGGACCAAGAAGCUGUAUUGGAUUUGAUAUAGUAAUGAGUAUUGUUAAGAGCAUUGUACAAAGAAUUAUUGCCCAAUACGAAUGGAAAUUGCAGACAACUGAUGUGAUCCAAUAUAAAUGGUUUCCAGUCAUCCGGCCCAACACUCCAGUCUGUGUGGAAUUCAGCUCCAAAGUAGAAAUACGACAUCUUGGAGACCAACAUUUCACAAGAUUUUGAGCAUUACCGUGUUUGUUGAUGUUGCUUUUUACCUGCAAUCUUUCAAUACAAUGAUCGAAUGGAAACAUACACAAACACAUCCACACAUACAUGCAUGCAUCAAUAUUAGUGUGGUCUGCUGAUAGCUUUUUUGUGCCUGCCAAAACUGAUAAAUAGAUAGGCAUUUACAGACACACAUAUACAUGUACAAUAUCCAUGUACACAUACACUACCCUAUAUAUAUACACACACACACACACACAUACAUAUAUAUGGUACUCAGUGCUUUAUAGAACAUACAUGUUUCAGUUAAGUACCACCAGGAUUACAUAAUUUUUGUUUAAGCAUUAUAUAAUCUUGUAAAACCACCUCUCAGUGUUCAGUAAUACACAUACACGCACACAAACACACAUCCACACAGACAUAGUCUCAUUCUUUAUCUCCAUUUCCAACUUACAGAAAUAAUAUAUUUUCCAUAAGUUAAAACAUGUGCUACAAAUGUUUGAACCUUUCAUCUGGUGAAAGUUUCAAUUGGGCCAUGACACACAUGUUCCAAAUUAAUAUCAGGGAAGACAGAAUCAUUUCAUUGACCAAACUGCCAAAAUCUCACAUCGUCUCAAUGAGUCAAUUCAAAUAUGGGGCUGGACAGUUUUGCUUCUUGAACCUUUCAAUUGCAGGGAUCUUUUCUUUGAAUUCUUUUAAUGGUUUCAGCCAAAGGAUCGUGGCCAUGUUAGGGCACCGUUUUUUUCAAAGGUUUUUAAUCAACUGUGUCCAUGCCAAUAUUUAUGCCAAUGACUUUUGUUAUCAGAUACUUAAGUUCUUUCGCAUACAGGGAAGCAGCACCAGUUUACUGAGACAAUCACAUGUAUACUUACAUGAUGGGCUUCUGCACUGUCUUAGUUGACCAAGCUCCACUCUCAAAGUACUGGUCAAACUGAGGCUAUGGUAGAAAAACACUUGCCAAAGGUGCUGUGUAGCUGGAUUGAACCCAGAGCCAUAGGGUUGUCAAACAAACUUCUUACCCACAUGGCUAUGCUUACACCUAGUUUUGCAAUGGGUUUUUUUUAUCCAUAGUCAGGUGUGAUGAAAAUUUUACUGAGAGACUACUGGAUAAUUGAAGCUUAUAAGAAUAUUGUUUUCUUUUUUGUAUCAGCGGUCCCCAGUCACUGGGUCAUGGAUCAGUAUCACUCUGUCAGUCAUUUGGUAUCAGACAGCACAAAUAGAAUAAUUUUUUAAAUUUUGGGUUGUAUAAUAUACAUAUAUUAAAAAGCAAUAAUAGUAGAAAUAAAAUGCAUAAUAUACAAUGUAAUAAUUACAUUUGAAUUGUAUAUAUUAAUUACAUAUAUAUUAUAUGUAAUAAUUAAAUUAUAUAUUGUGUACUUUAUUAUGUUUUGUUAAGUACAUGAUUCCUUGGUCUGUGGAAGAAUUGUCUUGCAUGAAACAAGACUGUGGAACCAAAGAAGGUUGGGGGCUGCUGUUUUAUGCCGUAAGAAUUUUGAAACUUCCAGAGAUGUGAAAUAAUUAACUUUCUUUUUUCAAAGGUUGAACUCAAAGUAGAUAAAGCUAUAAUUAAUAGCAUAGAAUGUCUGUCAAGUUAACAGGAGAUGUGGUUCUUGUCCCGUAGGCAGCCUUUUACUUUUCCUACCUAAAGGGAUUUUUAACCCCGUAUUUACAUGCAGUUAUUUAUAGCUUUAUCUACUUCGAGUUCAACAGUUAAGAAAAACAAAACAAUUUAUUUAACAUUGUUUUUGUUUUUUAAAAUCUUUCAAUGUGAAUUGUUUUCAUUGUGAUACAAAAUCUGUCCAAUAUUUCUAUGUUUUAUUAUUUUUUUUUUCAUGGAAAUACAAUCUGAAAUAAGAUUAACUCUAUCUGGUCUAAAUAUCCUUCCUGUUUUAUGUUUAAAGCAGCCAGAUCUGGCCUCUCAGACCUACCUUACAAUGUGAUUCUAAAAGUUUAUAUAAUCACAUCAUCAAAAUUUCGAAGCUAUGAGACAAUGCAAAAUUAAUUCAAAACAAUCUGAAUAAAUAAGCAAUACGUUUGACAAAAUAAUCUGAACGCUUAAAGAUUAAACUAUUCUUAAGUAUAUCAGACAGUUAAAUUUCAUUGGCCAAUCAGUAAAUAUCCUUCCCAAACAAGCAAUAAAGUAUGAACGCCAAUGGAAUCUGACAAUAAAAUAGAAAAGUUUAGAUGCUUUCUGCAUGGGGAUUGGAGGAAGAAAGAUUUGAAACAUUUUGGUACCACUGAGGUGAUGCUGACUUGUUUGACAUCAGAAGUUUUAAUAUUUUCUCUUGUUCUUGCCCUCCUCUCCCUCUCUGUUUAUAUGUGCGAGCAUAUUUCGUUAUGUGUACAAAGAGAGGGAAAGCGUUUAUGUCUAUUGUAUUCAAUCAAUAAAUUGUAAUCUCUCUCUC